AUGAGCUAUCGGGGAGGUGGCAGAAGUGGAGGGGGCCGAGGAGGUGGAGGAGGAGGUGGAGGCGGCAGAAAGAAGAACGAGGUGUGUAAGUUCUGGGCCAGCGGCAACUGUCGGAAGGGGCAGAACUGCGAUUUUCAGCACACUGCCGCCUCGUCCAAUCCAUUUAGCGCCCUCAGCGGUGGCGGAGGCGGCGGGGGCGGUGGAGGCGGCGGUGGAGGUGGAGGAGGCGGCGGCGGAGGCGGUGGCGCCGGUGGAGGCCAAGUGACCAAGGCGCAAAUCAUAAAGACCAUCGAGGUGGACUUCAAGGAGCUGCCGCUCUGGCCCUUCAGCGCCUAUGCCUACGACAAGGGCGUGCCCACCACCAUGCCGGGCGACAUCAGCUUCGAGGAGCUGCGACUUCAGUCCUACGCCGACCUCAAGCAGACGGGCAACUACAACGCCACCAAUCAGAGGGUGGCCCAGCUGGCACAAGAGUACACCGAGCGACGACGCAAGGUGCUGCAGGAUCCCUUCUGCUUCUCCGAACAGCAGCAGGGAACUCUGGCUAUGAGCAUGGGAGGUGCGCCGGCUUCGAGUUCAAUCUUCGGAUCGGCAUCCACGAGCGCGCCUGCGUUUGGCGGAGCGGCUCCUGCGGCAGGCGGAGGCUUUGCCGCGAUGCUGUCUGGCGGCGGAGGAGCGCCUGCCGCGAGCGGGCUUUUUGGCGGCGGCGCAUCCGCGGCACCAACCAGCGGGGGCCUCUUUGGUGCCGCUGGCGGCGCAUCAGGAGGUGGUGGCGGCUUUUCUGGGCUGCUUUCAGGAGGCGGCGCAGCGCCAAGCGCCGGUGGCGGCGGCUUCUCCAGCCUGCUCUCCACGGGGGGCAGCGCUUCAGCACCACUAUUUGGUGGUGGUGCCACCGCCACACAGCCAGCAGCUUCCGGGGGCGGCGGUUUCUCGAGUCUGUUUGGCGGCGCCAGCGGCGCAGGCGGAGGAGCCUCCGGAGGAAUGUUCGGCGGCGCUGCCGCCGCCCCUGCCAGUGGGAGCAUCUUCGGUGGCGCUGCCACUGGUGGCGGAGGCGGUAUGUUUGGCAGCAGCGCCGCUGGUGGCGCGAGUGGCGGAGGAGGAGGGCUCUUUGGUGGCGCGGCCACCGGUGGCGGUGCAAGCGGAGGUCUAUUCAACCCGUCAAGUGCUGGUGGUGCCGGCGGGGGACUCUUUGGAACUACGGCGCCUGCGGUUGCUUCGUCGGGCCUGUUUGGCGGCAGUGCGCCCGCGGCAGGAGCAACGAUGAUGGCACCAGCCGCAGCACCAGCGCCGACAACGGCCGGAGCAGGAGGACAACAAGACGAUCUGGCGGCCUUCCAGGCGCCGCAGUUCACCCCAGGCCACAUCCCAGAGACGCCACCACCUCCCUCGCUCUGUUACUAG